UUUCCUGCCCCUCAUUUAACUGUUCCUACUCGGACUGCUACAUGAUGUACUCCAGUCAGAAUGAUACUUUGUGCAGCGCUGGCGACUGCUGUCAGCUGUUCAAGUCAAUGGACAUGCGGUACACUGCAAGCUGUACCUCCUCUUGUGCAGACAGCUGCGUCAACGCGUCUCAGACAAACUGCUCUGUGAACUGCUGUAAUUCCACUGGAUGCCUCAAUGACACGUUUGCAUCCAUGAUGAUGACAACCACAGUGGCUGCGCCCAUAACAACAACAACAUCCCAGGCGACCCCUACAACGACAACUUCUACCACAACAACAGUAAACAAUGGAAACAAAUGUCAUAAGGAUACAUGUACUGGUGAAAACUGCUACACAGGUUUCAAGGCUCAAAACAUAGAAAUGUGCAACUCCUCACAGCCCCACUGUCAGCUGAAAAAGGAGACCGUGGGUUCGGCCAUAAGAUGGACAGCUGGCUGCACUAACUGCACUGGUCAGGCAGCUUGUAAAGGCUCCACGCAGCCUCCGUGUAAUCUGGAGUGCUGCAACGCUACUAUGACCUCCUGUCUAAGGCUGAAUGGGACUCUGAAUGUCCCUUCUUUCGCCACAAGAGGCCCCCAUCUUCACACAGAAGUGAUUGCCUCUUUUAUCUGCUUGCUCGUACUGUCUCUCCUAGUGUGAUGAAUACAGGAUGAGUUUUACUGGUGGCAAUGUAGCCUGUCCAGAGCUCAAUGUCUCUCCAGAAAAAAGUAAAGGAAAAAAAAAUGGGGAGAGGUUACACAUUUCCAUCCAUGUAUAUUGUCGCCGAAAUUCAUUUCUGAUUGUAUACAUAUGAAAAUAUGAAUGUAACUUGUAAAAAUAUUGGUUUGAAGCUUGAUUCUAAUAGUUUCCAAUCACUUUUUUAUUUCUGGUUCAAGACCAAUGAAAAACGGCUUUUGAACAGUAUUUCUAAAUUUUUUUAAAUAAAAAAUGACCAAAAAAAAACUACUUUUAUCAAUAAAGAAACAUACUAGGAGCAGCUCUGUCCUCACAGUUCACAUUGAGGGUGUAAAUCUCUAUAAGAAUAACCGAUUUAUCAAAGUUAUCUUUCCGAUAUAUUUCUCAACUUCCAAAUACCUUUUCUGCUUUUGCAAUGACCGAUUGUAGCGGAUGUCUCCUGACGUUUUCUUUAAAGAAAUCCAAAAGCAGGUUGUUGUUGAUUUUUAUUUUUCAAUCUUUACUGUACUACUUUAAACACUUAGUUUUUGAUGGAUGAGUGAGGCUAAACAACAUGACAACAUGACAUGCUCAUGGUUUUGAUUUAAAAAUCUUUUUCUUGAAGUUGUUCUGCAUCGUUGCAGCUCUAACUUUAUUUGCACUUUAUUAAGCACAAAUGUUGAGCUGAUGUUACAAGGAGUUGUGAAGGCUUGACAAAGCAUUGCUGUAGAUGUAACCUUAAAUGUGCAAUUCAGAACUCUCAGCUACUUUUUUUCUUAUAUUUUUGUGAAUUGAGCCGGAUGUCUAUAUUGUGUGAUUUACAAAGUAUAUUUUGUGGUAUAAUCAUGUCAUGUAAAUUCAAAAUAAAACCAGGAAUGUAGAAGUAUAUUCUACUUUUGUGUAAUCC